AUGGCUGAAUCAGAUAUAUCACGAUGGCUGAAGGAAGACCAAUCAGAUCUGGACGACCUGACUGUACCAGAACUUCCAAAUGAAGAUUGUAGUGACAUAGAGGAUGUUCCAAAGGAUUAUAUUAUUGAAGGCGAGUGUCAGUCCGAAUCAGAAUUAGAAUAUGAGGGACCUAAGCCUCAACUUUCUGAAAAUGAAAAGAACACCUUGCCACCGAUGGAAGAUUCAUCUUCUGACGAUGAUAUUACACUUGCAAGGCACCGAAACUACUUUGGUAAGAACAGGUUUCAUUGGUCAAUGAUCAAAUCCUCCAGUUUCGAGAUCAAGAACUAUGCAGCUACUAACCUAACUUUAAAGGUAUUUUGCAUGGAAAUA